AUGUCGGUGCCGGCUGCUGCCAGCAACCUGCCCAUGCGGCUGCUCCGCAGGAAGAUCCACAAGCGCAACCUGAAGCUGCGACAGCGCAACCUGAAGCUGCAGGCGGCGCAGGGGGCAGCGCCCUCGGCCAGCGAGGCGGCUUCGCAGGGGCCCCCGGAGGAAGAGGAGGAGGAGGAGGCGGCGGUGCCAGAGGCGCCAGAGGUGGCGGCAGCGGCCCAGGAGGGCGCGGAGCCUGCGGACGCAGCCGGACUCCGCAGCGGGGAAAAGAAGAAAAAGAAGAAAAAAAAGAGAAAAGCGGUGGCCAAUGGAGGAGAUGAUACAGAAACCAAAAAAGCAAAAACUGAAGAAGAUGAAUCUGCAGAGGUAGAAGAUGAAGAUAAGCAGGACUCUGGAGAGAAAGAAGUGGAAGAGGAGGAAGAUGAAGUGCCCAGUUUGCCACUAGGUGUAACAGGUGCUUUUGAAGACAAUUCCUUUUCUUCCCUGGCUGGUUGUGUCAGUGAGAAUACAUUGAAAGGCAUAAAUGACAUGGGGUUUACACACAUGACCGAAAUUCAACAUAAAAGUAUUAAGCCUCUUCUGGAAGGCAGGGAUAUUUUAGCAGCUGCAAAAACAGGCAGUGGAAAAACACUUGCGUUUCUCAUUCCUGCAGUAGAGCUCAUCUACAAGCUGAAAUUCAUGCCUAGGAAUGGUACGGGUGUUAUUAUUCUUUCUCCUACUCGAGAGCUGGCUAUGCAAACCUAUGGAGUUCUUAAAGAACUUAUGAAUCAUCACGUUCAUACCUAUGGUCUGAUAAUGGGGGGCAGCAACAGAUCAGCAGAAGCACAGAAGCUUGGAAAUGGAAUCAACAUCAUUGUAGCAACACCAGGAAGACUGCUGGAUCAUAUGCAGAACACUCCAGGUUUCAUGUACAAGAACUUGCAGUGUUUGGUAAUUGAUGAGGCAGAUCGAAUCUUGGAGGUUGGAUUUGAAGAAGAAAUGAAACAGAUCAUAAAACUUUUACCAAAGCGCAGACAGACGAUGCUUUUCUCUGCCACACAAACCAGAAAGGUCGAAGAUCUGGCAAAGAUCUCUCUGAAGAAAGAGCCACUGUAUGUUGGGGUUGAUGAUAACAAGGAGACAGCAACAGUAGAUGGUCUGGAGCAGGGUUAUGUGGUCUGUCCAUCUGAAAAAAGAUUCCUUUUGCUCUUCACAUUCCUCAAGAAGAACCGGAAGAAGAAACUGAUGGUAUUUUUUUCUUCAUGUAUGUCAGUGAAGUACCACUAUGAAUUACUCAACUACAUUGAUCUGCCUGUUUUGGCCAUUCAUGGUAAGCAGAAACAGACCAAACGUACUACAACGUUUUUCCAGUUCUGUAAUGCGGAGUCUGGAAUACUGCUGUGCACUGAUGUGGCUGCCAGAGGAUUGGACAUUCCUGAGGUUGACUGGAUUGUCCAGUAUGACCCUCCAGAUGAUCCAAAGGAAUAUAUCCAUCGUGUUGGUCGGACUGCCAGAGGAAUAAACGGAAGAGGACAUGCUCUGCUCAUCUUACGACCAGAAGAACUGGGCUUCCUUCGUUAUCUUAAACAAGCCAGGGUACCGCUAAGUGAAUUUGAAUUUUCUUGGUCAAAAAUCUCAGACAUCCAGUCUCAGCUGGAAAAACUGAUAGAGAAGAACUACUUCCUUCACAAGUCAGCCCAGGAAGCUUACAAAGCUUAUAUCAGAGCUUACGACUCCCAUUCUCUGAAGCAGAUCUAUGAUGUCAAUAAUUUGGAUCUUCCAAAAGUCUGCCUUUCGUUUGGUUUUAAAGUUCCUCCGUUUGUUGACCUCAAUGUGAACAGCAACCGUGGCAGAAGACUACAGAAAAGAGGUGGAGGUGGGGGAUUUGGCUACCAGAAAUCAAAGAGUGUCCACAAAGCAAAAAUCUUCAAACACAUCAGCAAGAAAUCUGACAAUCGGCAGUUUUCUCGUUAAUCCUGGUCAUUAAAAUGCCUUGGGGCCUUGGAGUAGCUUACCUUGAUCAAAACCAUCUGGCAGUUACUUCCAAUUUAAACAGCUCCUUUCCCAUUUUUAGGUCUCUUUAAGGAUUUUUUUCUUUUCUGAAAACAUCUUUUAUUUUUCACUUCAGGAAGACUCUUCAGAACUGAGGCUAAAGGAGAAUAUGGCCAGAAAAUUUUGCCAUGGUGGUUGUAAGGAAGAAGAUCAUUUAAAUUACCUAAGUCAAUAUUACAGAGAUUUUUAUUAAAGAAAUGGAGAAUACCUUUAGGUUUUAUAGAAGAAUUUGCUUUACAUUUACCCUUCUUUAUAUGCAUACCUCUGAAAACUGUUAGAGUGGACAACAUAAGGACAUUGUGAGAUAAAAAGGUUUUGCUCAUAUGAAUCAUUGCAAAGGGUUUUACUGCUCCAGAACUCUGCUUUGGCCAUCAAAUAUGCUGAAGAAUAUAGGGAGAUUCCUUUAGAACUGAACCAUGGAUGAAUAAUUAAGGCUGUAUGAGCUUGUGAAUAAUUUCAGACAUGGUUAUCUGUAUAACAAGUAAAGUGUCCAAAAUAAAAUAAAUAUCUUACAUCA